ACGACCGUGACUAUAGCACAACUCGGGCGUUAGAGGUGGAUGUCCUUUCGUAGGACAUUGCUCUCCUUGACGAUCCACGCUCGCUCGCCUCGUCGAAGUUCUUUCCCCCAUGUCUCCAUUCCUGCCCGUUUCAGCACAAACGCACCUCUUGCGAUAGAAUUUUCGACCCAAGAUCCCUGGCAGCCUAUCCAAAAGUUGACAGACGCGUUCCGAAAUUAUGUGUGGAACAGUAUCAGUGCUGCCCAAUGCCUCCCCGAACUUCAGCAGACAUAUCAAGUCCUCCGAAGGCAGGUGGACGCUCUGCGUGCUAGGGAUCCGCAUGCAGCUCUCCAGCUCCAGAAACUUAUGAGUAUCUCUGACUGGAAUGAUACACUCGAGGCGCUGGCGCAAUACGGAGGCCCUCAAGACAUUACUUUUCUGAACGAAGUUAUCGCAGACAUGCCUACCAUUUUCUCUCGUACCGUCACUGCCGACACCCAUACCACCGUUCUCCGCGGCCUGCUCAAGCGUCCUGGUGCAACCGAUGUUUUGGCUUGGCUUGCGCGUAUGCAUCAGAAGCCUGGCCAAAUCAAGCCUACCAUUGAACAUUGGACCCUCGUUCUGGCUGAGUACGAGGAACGGAGAGAAUACGACCACAUGUGGAGAGCCUUCGAUCUCAUGGAGGAGAAAGGUGUUCGGCACCAGACGUUGUACAGAUAUCUCCUCAGGGCAGUCUUCAACUCUCAUCGGGACCCUAUGAAGGGAGUUCUUCGUAUCAUCGACUGCAUGGCUACUGGGCAUCUGCCCUUCGACGGCCAAAAUCUAGCCAUCAUCGUCGACGGCUUCACCAGUCAAGGCAAAUACGAGGAGGCCGACCAAGCUGAAGAUGCCUACCGCUCUCGUGUCGGUGGGCGACCCGACGUCGCCGUCUCCGAAAGUGACAACCGCGAUGAUUACCUGGCUCAAACUGUCCGUCGCGAUGGACGUCAGCGGGCGACGAAGCUGUACCGGUCCUUUCUUACUCGUGGGUGGCGGCCCACCCACAAAACACUCCUAGCUGUCCUGCGCGGUUCUUGUAAUCCCAACGAUCUACUUUAUUGGGAGGGUCAGUUCGAGGUCAGUGGGGGCCCUGACGCGUGGACUCUCCUCAUCCGCAAUUCCGUGACCCUUGCACGACCUAUGCACCAAACGGCCUCGAUCUAUUCGGCUGCUUUGAACGCCGGUAUAUCUCCUUCGUUCAAGAUGGUCGAACCUCUCAUACGCGGCUUAUGCUCAUCCUCUAUCCGUGCCCCGGACGAAAAGUCAUUGGAUACCGCCAUCGGUCUUUAUCACGCGGUUAGCCAGGCCAACACUCCUACCAAGGGGGCCACGGAUUUUUUUCGAGGGCCCGAAGUCAUCGUAUGCAACACACUCCUUCGCGCAAUGAUCUCUUCGACGAACCACGCGAAGUACUUCCCCAAGGCAAUGUCGAUUUUCGAGGAUCUUCGCCAGCGCAAAGUUCCCUUGGAUCGCAUGGCGAUCACUUCGCUCGUCAUACUCGCCAUGAAGUCAUCUACCAGCUUCAACGAAGCUUUCGACGUAUACAAGCACCUCCUUUCCCGUUUCCACGGCCAGUUCGACGCCCGAAGCUUCACGGAUAUCAUCAUUGCGUUCGGUCGGCUUCGAUUCGAUAACAGGACCAUCCCACCCUGGCGUAGCUACUUUGACAUCGUCCACGACAUGCGAGAGGCCGGGUUCCCCACCACACAAUUCAUUUAUACCGAGAUUCUUCGCCAGCUCGCUCGGACGUCAGAACAUAUCUCUCCCUCCGAAGACUCUGAGUUGUAUUCUCAGUUGAUUCUUGCGAUCAAAGAGACACACCACUUCCUU